AUGCUUUCCCAAACACGGGCCCGUGUGCCUAAGGCUCUCCGAAGCCUGUCCCGGUCUGCGACCGCUCGGACACUCUCGUCUACCGUUCCCCGCGCCGAGAAGGAUGGAGCUCUCAACAAGGUCUCGCGUCACAUCACCCAGCCUAAGGCCCAGGGUGCCUCCCAGGCUAUGCUUUACGCCGUCGGCCUCAAGGAAGAGGACAUGAACAAGGCUCAGGUCGGCAUCUCGUCCGUCUGGUUCAACGGUAACCCCUGCAACAUGCACUUGCUCGACCUCAACAACAAGGUGCGCCAGGGUGUCCAGGACCAGGACUUGAUCGGUUUCCAGUUCAACACCGUCGGUGUCAGUGACGCCAUUAGUAUGGGCACCUCCGGCAUGCGCUACUCCCUGCAGAGUCGUGACCUGAUUGCCGAUUCCGUUGAGACUGUCAUGGGUGGCCAAUGGUACGAUGCCAACAUCAGUAUUCCUGGCUGUGACAAGAACAUGCCCGGUGUCCUGAUUGCCAUGGGUCGUAUCAACCGCCCCAGUCUCAUGGUUUAUGGUGGUACCAUCAAGCCCGGCUGCGCCGUUACCCAGGACAACGCCGAUAUCGAUAUCGUCUCCGCCUUCCAGGCCUAUGGUCAGUUCUUGACCAAGGAAAUCACCGAGCCGCAGCGCUUCGACGUCAUCCGUCACGCCUGUCCCGGCGAGGGUGCCUGCGGUGGUAUGUACACUGCCAACACCAUGGCCACCGCCAUUGAGACCAUGGGUAUGACCCUCCCUGGUUCAUCCUCCAACCCCGCCAACUCUCAGGCUAAGUAUGUCGAGUGUCUGGCUGCCGGAGGUGCUAUCAAGAGGCUGCUCGCCGAGGACAUCCGUCCCCGCGAUAUCCUGACCCGCCAGGCCUUUGAAGACGCCAUGGUCCUCGUCAACAUUACCGGUGGCUCUACCAACGCCGUCCUCCACUUAAUCGCCAUCGCCGACUCCGUUGGCAUCAAGCUCACCAUCGACGACUUCCAGGCCGUCUCUGACCGUACUCCCUUCCUCGCCGACUUGAAGCCGUCUGGGAAAUUUGUCAUAGCCGAUUUGUUUAAGAUCGGCGGUACGCCGUCUCUCCUGAAAUUACUCCUUAAAGAAGGCCUGAUUGAUGGUUCCCGUAUGACCGUUACUGGUGAAACCAUGGCUCAGAAUCUGGAGAAGCUUCCCGAUUUCCCCGAUGACCAGAAGAUCAUCCGUCCCUUCUCCAACCCUAUCAAGAGCACCGGUCACAUCCAGAUCCUGCGUGGCUCUCUCGCCCCCGGUGGCAGUGUCGGUAAGAUCACUGGUAAGGAGGGUACUUGCUUCACUGGCAAGGCUCGGGUAUUUGAUGAUGAGGACUCCUUCAUCGCUGCCCUCGAGCGCAACGAGAUUAAGAAGGACGAAAAGACUGUUGUUGUUCUCCGCUACCUUGGCCCCAAGGGUGGUCCCGGCAUGCCAGAAAUGCUUAAGCCAUCGGCCGCCCUGAUGGGCGCAGGGCUUGGAAACAGUGUGGCAUUGAUCACGGACGGGCGAUUCUCGGGUGGAAGCCAUGGUUUCCUUAUUGGCCAUAUCGUUCCUGAGGCUGCCACCGGUGGUCCCAUUGGACUUGUCGAGGAUGGUGACGUGAUCACCAUCGAUGCUGAGAAACGCGUCCUUGACCUCGAGGUUCCCGAGACCGAGGUUGCUGAGCGUCGUAAGGCCUGGGAGAAGCGCAAGGAUGCUGGCGAGCUUCCUGAGACAGGCUUAACUAUGCGCGGAACGCUUGGCAAGUAUGCGCGUCAAGUCCAAGACGCGUCACAAGGGUAG